CAUGUGUACCUUCGCAGCAAUUAUCAUUUGCUCCACUGUGUAUGAUUUAUCACUGUCCUACACUGAAAAAGAGCCUCAACACCCAUCUUUACUGGUUUUCUCGGCUGUUAAAAACGGAAAAAAAAUCUUAGCCACUUCCAACAGUCCACAUCAAAUACUAUGCUUGAAUGGAAUAAGGUCGCUGAGUAUGGCUUGGAUUAUAUGCCAUCAUGAGUUUUUGAUUUCCAUAUUGGGCCCUGUUGGAAAUUACUAUGAUAUUGUAGAGUUCUUUUAUUCCGCCAAAACAAUGUUUUUGAAUCAAACUCCAGUUUCUGUGGAUAGUUUCCUCACCCUAGCAGGUAUUUUAACAGCAUACACUUUGAUGAAGAGGAAGAAGAUCAAGGUUAUUGAGAAUUACGUGCACAGGUAUUUCAG